AUGUAUAGUGGCACAUCGAAUAACCGUCAAUAUAAUUUGAAAUCAUCCAAAAAUCUUGAUACUAGCUUAGAUGAACAAGGCCCCGGCUACAUCGAAUGUUUAGAAAAUACUGAUUUCGCAUGCGAACCUGAUUCAAAUGAAAAUGUACAAACCAAUUUGAUUGAAAAUAUAAAUGCUCCAGAUCAUAGUAUUCCAGCAUCCAGUGCUAUAGAAAAUUGUUUGAAAAACGAUGCAAAUAUUACUGAUAUUAAUGGUGAGAAUAUAUUUGAAUGA